AUGUCGUCCCCGGUGCCGCUGCUCCGGCCACCUGUGCCUGGCGGUCGAAGCCAAAGCGGGAGCCGGACUCCUCGUCUCACACUCGGUAUUCCUCCUUCACCCAGUGCUCGUCCAGUAACUGGAGAAGCAGAAGUGGCUCCCGAGAUCCCGCGGUUCAGUCUGGCUGCAAAAGGCCCGCCCAAAUUGUCCCUAGCCACACCCAUGGGAAGUCACGGUGCCAUACAAGAAGGAGGAACAAACUUCAGACCGCAAAUCCAGCCGCUCAACAUAUCUGCAAUUACAGGCAACGAUAAUGUGAGUAGACCAAGAGGAGACAGUUUCCACAAUGGCAGCGUCCCUGGCUCUGCGUCUUCCUCGACAUACUCUGCCCUCUCUUUUGCUAUGCAUGCACGGCAAGGCGGUACGCCCGAUCCCUCUUCAGCAAUCAGCUCAAUCUAUUCGGAGGCGAGCAUCGGUGGGGCCUCGAUGGAGAGGGAAUCCAGCGUGGGCGGACUGUCCAUUGACUUCGACAAACUCAGCCUCGAGAAAGGAAGGCCGUUGGAUGUAGAAGAUUUGGAUGACGAAGGAUGGACAGCCGCAAGCGAGCAGAAGAAAAUCAUCGAACUUGGAUCCUUAGGUGAAGGCGCCGGUGGAGCUGUGACGAGGUGUAUGUUAGAAGGCGGCAAGACCAUCUUUGCUCUCAAGAUCAUUACCACCAGUCCCGACCCAGACGUCAAGAAGCAGAUCCUACGAGAGCUAAAGUUCAACAAGAACUGCACAUCCGAGUACAUUUGCCAAUACUACGGUGCAUUCAUGGACAAGUCGUCGAGCACAAUUUCAAUAGCAAUGGAGUUUUGCGAGGGCGGCAGUCUGGACAGUGUCUAUCGCGAAGUGAAGAAGCUAGGUGGCCGGACUGGAGAGAAGGUCCUGGGCAAGAUCGCUGAAGGUGUCCUCCAUGGGCUGACCUAUCUCAACAGCCGCAAAAUCAUACACAGAGCUGCAGACAUCAAACCCUCUAAUAUCUUGCUCUGCCGUAAUGGCCAAGUCAAGCUCUGCGACUUCGGCGUUAGCGGAGAAUUCGGCACGAAAGGAGACGCCAACACAUUUAUCGGCACCUCAUAUUACAUGGCGCCCGAACGAAUACAGGGCCAGACUUAUACCAUCACCUCGGACGUGUGGUCCCUUGGUGUUACGUUGCUGGAGGUGGCUCAACAUCGGUUCCCCUUCCCAGCCGACGGCACGGAAAUGCAACCUCGGGCAGGUCUCAUUGACCUCUUGACGUAUAUCGUUGCGCAGCCGAUUCCCAAGUUGAAGGAUGAGCCAGAGAACGGGAUCAAGUGGAGCGACACGUUCAAGUACUUUAUCGAAAGCUGUCUCGAGAAAGAGCCGACCCGGAGGGCCUCUCCAUGGCGAAUGCUAGACCAUCCAUGGAUGGUGGAGAUGAAGUCCAAGAAAGUCAGCAUGUCGACCUUCCUCAAGCAAGUCUGGGACUGGAAGGACUGA